UGAGUCACUCUCUGCACUUACUAGCCUUAAUUCAUACAAGAAAUACUCCCAAGUUGAUCAUUCUCUCUAUAUACUAUAUAAUAUUUGUUUCUCAUUCUUUGAGCUAUAAUGGCUGGAGUUAAGUUCUACUGCCUGGCAUUAGUAGUUCUGAUGGUUGCCAUGUCAGUGACUGUGGCCGAGAGCAGGCCUGUGAGGAAGGACUUGGGCUUGGAUCUCGGUGGCGUGGGGAUUGGGCUUGGAGUAGGAAUUGGUGUGGGUUUAGGCGGUAGCGGCUCUGGAGCUGGAGCGGGUUCAGGAUCUGGGUCUGGUUCCGGGUCUAGCUCUCAUUCAAGCUCUUCUUCAUCAUCUUGGUCCAACUCUGGGUCUGGGUCUGGUGCUGGCUCUGAAGCGGGUUCUUAUGCUGGGUCUCGGGCUGGUUCCGGAUCUGGAGAAGCUGGGUCAUCUGCUGGAUCUUAUGCCGGAUCUAGAGCUGGGUCAGGUGGUGGGUCCGGUGAAGGAGGUGGAUCUGGAUCCGGGUAUGGUAACGGGCAUGGAAGAUGAGCAUCAAUUAUGAUUUUCUUAUGAAAACUGUGGAGAAACUAUAAUAUAAUUAAGGUGUGUAACUUUAAUUUGUUACCCUAAUAA